AUGGGAAACCCAGAGACUGGAGAGGAGGAGAAGAAGAGCAGAAAGCGAGGCAACGAACACAAAGAGGUGUUUUUAAAAGAGACCUGUGCGGUGAACAACGGCGGUUGCGAUCGCACCUGCAAGGACACGGCCACCGGGGUGCGCUGCAGUUGUCCGGUGGGCUUCACCCUUCAACCAGACGGCAAGACCUGCAAAGACAUUGAUGAGUGUGAGCUCCAUAACGGUGGCUGUGACCACUACUGCAGGAACACCAUUGGCAGUUUCGAAUGUAACUGUCGUAAAGGCUUCAAACUGCUGACGGACGAGCGUUCGUGCCAGGAUAUUGACGAGUGCUUUUUCGAGAGGACGUGCGACCACACUUGUGUAAACUCACCUGGUAGUUUCCAGUGUGUUUGCAACAAGGGCUACACGCUUUAUGGGCUUGCCCAUUGUGGAGACAUAAACGAAUGUAGUUUGAACAAUGGAGGAUGUGAACACACCUGUGAAAACACCAUGGGAGGCUUUGAGUGCCACUGUCAUGCUGGUCACAAGCUGCACUGGAACAAGAAAGACUGUAUCGAAGCAGAGGACUCUGCACUAGUGCCGCCACCUGCCAGGCCCACUCUUAACUGCAGUAAGCAGGGAGGGGGUGAGCUCUGCUACCUGACCUGCAAGUCGCAGGUUCAUAUCAGCAGUGGAGCUGAAGAUUCAUACACCGUGACCUGUGGCAUGCCCCUGCCGUGCCACGCGGGAGGACAGUGGAAAGGGAACGGCUCACAUUGUCAAGGCUCUGGAAUCAAAACCAUUGCUACAUUUAAAUCUGGACAGGGGAAGUGCAAUCUGAAGCGGAGUCAGGAAAAUCUUGCACAGAGCUUCAAAACCACCCUGUCAGACAAAAGAGCCACUGAGAACGUCCAGUUCAGCUUUGUUAGCCUGCACUGUGCCUCUUCAAGCAGACAGCACCGUAGUCGCCACGGGCGGAAGGCCGGCGAGGAGGAAGGGUCCUCCAUCACUGCCCAGUUUGAGCUGGAUGUGAACCUGGAGGAGGUAACAGAGGGCUGUGACCUGGCAUGUGUUCGGCGGCGCUCUGAGAAGCGGCUUAGAAAGACUAUACGCACUCUUCGGAAGUCCAUUAACCGGGAGCAGUUUCACCUGCACUUCGCCGGAUCGGAGUACGAGCUGGCUAAGAAACUCGUCCGUCCCGCGGACCCACCAGACCACUGCGGCACCGGACAGAUCCUGCUCGACAAGAAAUGUGUCAAAUGCAGCGUUGGCACGUACUACGAUGGAGAGCAGGGGAGGUGCUUUCUUUGCCCCCCUGGGACGUACCAAGAUGAAGAGGGGCAGGUGUCGUGUGACGUGUGCCCGGGACCCGAGGGCAGGGGAAUCCCAAGAACCCCUGGAGCACGCAACAUCUCGGAGUGUGGAGGUCAGUGCCGUCCUGGUCAGUUCUCCCAUGAUGGUUUUGUGCCCUGUCUGUCCUGCCCACAAGGCACCUAUCAGCCUGAGGUCGGCCGAACUUCCUGUUUCCCAUGUGGAGGAAGCCUCACAACCAAAUAUGAUGGUUCUGUGUCCUUCCAAGACUGUGAGACUAAAGUUCAGUGCUCACCUGGGCAUUAUUAUAAUACCAGCACCCACCGCUGUAUCCGUUGCCCCAUUGGAACCUAUCAGAUGGAGUUUGGCCAAAACUACUGCAUUGCCUGCCCUGGAAACACUACUACUGAUUUUGACGGAUCCACAAACAUUAUGCAGUGCAAAAGUAAAUGCAAUUCACAGAAAGGAGAGCUGGGAGAAUUCACCGGCUAUAUCGAAUCUCCCAACUACCCUGGCAACUACCCGGCCAACAUCGAAUGCACCUGGACCAUCACCCCUCCUCCCAAGCGCAGAAUCCUCGUUGUGGUACCUGAGAUCUACCUUCCUAUUGAGGACGAGUGUGGGGACUAUUUGGUCAUGCGGAAGAGUUCUCUGCCCAAUUCAGUGACGACUUAUGAGACUUGCCAGACGUAUGAGCGACCCAUCGCCUUCACCUCCCGCUCCAAGAAACUCUGGAUCCAGUUCCGCUCCAAUGAAGGAAACAGUGGAAAAGGCUUCCAAGUGCCAUAUGUAACGUACGAUGAGGACUAUCAGGAGCUCAUUGAGGACAUUGUUAGGGACGGACGGUUAUAUGCCUCUGAGAAUCAUCAAGAAAUCCUUAAGGACAAGAAGCUUAUGAAGGCCCUGUUUGAUGUCCUGGCCCAUCCGCAAAACUUCUUUAACUAUACUGCACAAGAGUCUAGAGAAAUGUUUCCAAAAUCAUUCAUCAGAUUUCUCCGCUCCAAAGUUUUGAGAUUCCUACGCCCCUGAAUUUUGUGAAAUAAUCUUGUAUGGAAUAAAUAUUUGGCGCUCGAGACAAAUUUUAUAUGACUGACCUGGAACAAAUGUAUUCCUGAAUGUUCUUGGCCGCCAUCAUACGGAUGCGGAUUCAAGGCGACUUCUUGGACCUGAUGAGAUGAGAGCUCACAAGAAACUUUCCUAAAUACGUCAUUGGAAUGUUUUUCUCCUGAAGAAAAUGAACUGUUUUUCCAGUGAUUGGAUUUUAAUGCUGCCUUUCUAACAAUUAUAACAUGAACUGCCACCUUUCAAGAAAAAGAUUCUUCCUGUUUCAUUCCUUUAUUGCCCAGAAGUGAAUGUGUUACAAAAACACAUUAAUUACAGCCUGAAUUAUAGUCAGCAAAAAAGAAGAGCAACUUGAUUGCUUGUUAUAUAUUACAGGUCAUUUCAUCUGCCAUUUUUUGUGAAAAUAUGUUUGACCAGAUUAUUUUGAAACUUCAGAGAACUACUAAGAGGAAGUUAAAGCAGUUAAAGCUAUUUUUGUGAGUUUGAAUGUGUUGUACAUUAUGUAAAAAAAAAUUAGCAUCAGCUCUCAUGUUACUAUAUUGUAUUCUUUUUUUGCAUUGUAGCCUUCUUCAUACAUGACAUAUAUGUAUUCGUCAUUUGUUUCCAGUAAGAAAUCGUAGAUGUACACAAUAUUUUCAGGUACUGGUUAGACAUUUAUGGUCAUUUGAUAUAUUACUUAUCGGUUUCUCUGCAUUCACUGCUAUUACAUGUCCAUCACCUAAACUGAUUUUUGGUUUAAGAGGCUCUUGAUGUAGGAUUGAUUACUCAUUAAUGACAUGCAGAGUAAAUUAAAUGUUUAUAUUUUUAUGGUUGUACAUCUAACGUGUAAAUAAAGAAAUACACUCAGAA